CCUUUCACUUCUCUGAUUUGUUCAGUGGACGGACUUUCCUCCGUCAAUCAUACAUUAAAUCAUUGAAACGUGGCGUAGGAUUGGUCUAGGGAUAUUACGCCCACCUUCUCCUAUUUUGCCCGGCACAGUUGGACCACAGGCACGUCUGUCAAUUUAGUCAAACCUCUAUUUCCGGGUCUGAAAGUUGUUGCAAAACAGCGUCCAUUGACUUCACGGGCAAGAGGACAGUCGUCAGCUACUCCAAAUUCUAUAGAAAUCAUCCCUUCAUCAAUAAGAUGCUAGCUGAGGUGUUUCAGGUGCUGCGGGGAGCAGGGAAGGUUGGCCAAGCGUUUGCCAACACCCAGGAGGAGAUGCUGAGGCUAAUGGCCUGUAACUCCACGCUGGGCACUGGGGUCAAAGCUGCCCAGGAAGUGGUCGAGGGCGCCAUGGGCACAGUCAUGGGUGGUUCUGCCAUGCAACAGUCUAUCAAGAAUGAUGUGUUCCCUGAUGCUGAGGGAUGGGAGGAAAUGGAUCCGGAUGAGGCUGCUAAAUGGGCGGUAGGCUCUGAAUUCCCCCCAGGCCCAGGGGCCACAGAGAUGCCCAGUGGAGUUCCUCUCAGCCCAGUCCGGGGUCCAGGGGGAGCAGGCUUGCCUGGCCAAAGUGCCCGGUUCCUGCACAUCGCCUCGACGCAACGCCACACCAGGUUUGUCCAUGACUCGGUAGUGGCCAGACUCACCCCAGAGGACAUCAAGAAGGCCAGGGAGUCCAAGCAGGCACUCUCCAGGCCUAUUGUUAAGCAGAAGCUUAGUGAUCGUGCAAGAGAGAGGAAGGUCCCUGCCACAAGAAUCAGCAGGCUGGUCAACUUCGGGGGUCUGGCAGUCGGGCUGGGACUAGGUGCCAUUGCGGAGGUGGCGAAGCAGUCUAUGGGAGCAAAGCGUGCAGAGGGUGCCCUGUUGGACUCUCCUCUCCUGUCCGAGGCCAAUGCUGAGAGGAUAGUGGACACCUUGUGCAAAGUCAGAGGGGCAGCCCUCAAAAUAGGACAGAUGCUCAGUAUACAAGAUAACUCCUUCAUAAACCCCCAGCUACAGAAGAUCUUUGAGCGGGUCCGACAGAGCGCGGACUUCAUGCCCGCCUGGCAGAUGAAUAAAGUUCUGGAGGAGGAGCUAGGUGCGGGCUGGAGGGAGAAGCUGUCGUCGUUUGUGGACAAGCCCUUCGCCGCCGCCUCCAUUGGCCAGGUGCAUCACGGGAUGCUGCAGGACGGCAGGGAGGUCGCCAUGAAGAUCCAGUACCCAGGAGUAGCUGAGAGCAUCCACAGUGACAUCAACAACCUGAUGUCUGUUCUGAAGAUGAGUAUUGUUCUACCCGACGGCUUGUUUGCAGACAGUAGUCUAGAAGUCCUUCAAAGAGAGCUUGCGUGGGAGUGCGACUACAAGAGAGAGGCGGAGAGUGCCAAGCAUUUUAAGUCACUUCUGGCGGAUGACCCAUUUUUCCACGUUCCAUUUGUGGUGGACGAGCUCUCAGGAAGGAGGGUUCUGGCCAUGGAGCUGGUGUCAGGGUUACCGCUGGACAGCUGUGUGGAUCUGGAUCAGGAGACAAGGAAUCAGAUCUGCUUCAACAUCCUACAGCUGUGUCUGAGAGAGCUCUUUGAGUUCCGCUUCAUGCAGACGGACCCCAACUGGGCCAACUUCUUUUACAACGCUGAGCAGAACAAGAUUAUUCUGUUGGAUUUCGGUGCGUGCCGGGAUUACCCUGAGGCCUUCACAGAUGAUUACGUACAGGUGGUGCACGCAGCCUCCAUCGGAGAUAGGGAGACUGUGCUGGAGAAAUCCAAGGACCUCAAGUUCCUCACAGGGUUUGAGGCCAAGGCGUUCCAGGAAGCCCACGUGGAGGCAGUGAUGAUCCUGGGCGAGGCCUUCGCCAACUCUGACCCCUUUGACUUUGGCACCCAGAGCACCACGCAGCGGAUCCAGAGUCUGAUCCCCGUCAUGCUGCGUCACCGCCUCACCCCGCCCCCCGAGGAGACCUACUCCCUGCACCGCAAGAUGGCCGGCUCCUUCCUUAUCUGUUCCAAGCUUGGCGCCAAAAUUGCCUGCAAGGAUAUGUUCCUGGACAUCUACAACUCCUACCAACAGCGGCGGCUGGAGAAGGAGCAGGCUGCCCAAGUCCAGGCCUAGAUGGGGUCAAAGGUCAUUACUAGUAGUCACCCUCUGACAGCACCCUAGUGGGCAGAACUCCCAUGGCUGUGGACUAGGUUUAUUUAAGAGAGGGUAACUGUACUACAUGGGUGAUCUACUGACUCCCAGUACUUUGACUGUCAGUGACUUGAUGCCACUCCACCACUCAAUGACGUGGGCUGUAGUGGUAGGUGGAGCGGUAGGCGGAGCGUCUGCUUCUAUAAAAGAACACAGAAAGAAACUCUGGCAUUUGUUUGAUUCAAUCACUUGAGAUUGGUGUUAAUAAUAUUUGUUUAAUGUAAAGGUAUGAUGGCCAUAUAACUGAUUUGAGCUGUGUCUCUGUUGGGUGGAAAAGGUAAUAUGUUUUGAGUGUUGGUUUGUGUUUUUGAUGUGCCCUGGUCCAAUGGUUUCCAACAAACUGUCAUUUUAAUGCAGAUUGAUUAUUACAUGUUAAUGCCACAAACAUGGCAUUUGUUUCUGAAAAUGGCAUUGUUUGUACUAAAAGGCAUUUUGACACUGAAAGGUUAUUUGGACAUAAUUGUACACACUACAAAUAUUACUCUUUCAAAUAUUGUUGCAAUCUUCCAACAGGUCUAUUUUUGGCAAAAAAAAAUGUUUGGGAGAUUUACUAUUUAAUGGCAGAAAAUAUCUUCUAUACUAGUCUCAAUAUACAAGGCUUAUUUCAAUGCCUAUUUGGGUUGCAGUAUUAAGCCAUCUUGUGAAUGUAUUUCCAUGAGAUGUUAGAAGAGCAGUGUGUAUGUAUUUUAAAGGACUGUUUGAUGGAAACCGUAGAAGAUGUCCUUAAACAGUGUAAUAAAAUAUUCCUGCUAGAUGACACCAACUGUAAAAAGCCUCGGCAUAAAUAUGUGCGUUGACAUUUUCACAUGAUAUGCUGUACAUGCACUUUGGGACUAUACUUCCGCUCCAUAUGACAAAUGAUUAUUCUGUGGGUUUCCAUCCUUGCAAUAAACAGUUGACUAAAAUGGA